AUGGACUCGGUGUCGCCCUCGUCUGCCGCAGAGAUACCUCGCCUGACUGUCUCGCCCGCAGACACCACUCUCAAGUUCGAGGACGUUGUCCCUGAUGGCCUGGCCAAGGUUGACGUCCCCAAGCCCGCUGAGAAGAAGCCGGUCAAGAAACGCAAGUCGUGGGGGCAGGAGCUGCCUACCCCAAAGACCAAUCUCCCUCCCAGAAAACGAGCAAAGACGGAAGACGAAAAGGAACAGCGGCGGAUAGAGCGGGUACUACGCAACCGUGCCGCCGCACAGAUCUCCCGAGAGCGCAAGAGGCUCGAGAUCGAGAAGCUCGAGGGAGAGAAACUCAAGAUCGAGCAGCAGAACGAGUUCCUCCUUCGCCGUCUCUCCCAGAUGGAGGAGGAGAACAACCGGUUAAACCAGCAGGUGGCGAAGCUGGCCUCCGAGAUACAGACGUCCAAGUCCAAUCCCGGCAGCCCAGCAUCCUCAGCCAGCGCCUCGAACAUCACUGCCACCCUCGCCUCCUCGGCUUCUCCCACCCUUGCCCCCGUCCUGUUCAAACAGGAGAACGACCUACUCUCCGUGGACAAGAUGGAUAGCAUACUCUUCACCGCCGACGCCUCUACCAUUUCUACUACUACGGCUACCGCCAACAGCACCCAGACCUUCUCACCCUCUGUCCUCGCCCUCUCUCCGGCUGACUUUGACCAUUCCUCCGCCUCCGCCUCCGAUAUGACACAACAUCCUGCAGCGGUGUUGUGUGACCUGCAGUGUCAAUCGGAGGCCCCGGCCUGGAUGAUCUCGACGUCAACCUCAACCUACCUCUCCUUCAUGAACAUGAUCAUGUUCACCCUCCCCCUCUAUCAGACGCUGACCUCAGCCGCUUAUUCGACGCUGAUUCAGCCAGCGAGCCUGAUCUUUCAUUCCUUGAAGACGGGCUCUCCCUUGGCCUUCUCCCCGGCUCAGAUCUCGGCUCUUUUGCCUUUGAUUCUCUGGUUGAUCUCGGUCCCGACGACGACAACCACCAAAAACAGCUCGACCAUGAGUUCGACGACUCGAUCGGUUUUCCGGAGCAGACUCCUCUCCCGGCUUCUAGCUUGCAGCCCAGCUUUGGCGCGUCCCUUGAGAGAUGCGACGAGCAGGGAAUUGCAGCUGGUGCUCAGUGAGAGUGCAAUGCUCGGAUCUUCUCGGUCAGGUCAGUCGAUCGCUCAGUCGCGACGAAGAUGGGAAUCACUCGUCACCAUUCUCUUUUCUAUCGAUCGGGCGAGGAAAACAACAACAUCAUCAAGGGGGAGGUACAGCGGCAGAUCUUUGAGAGAUCGGCCAAGGAAGGUUAUUGGGGUCAGCAAACAGUCACCGGCGAAGCGAGGGUCACUUUCUCGGUCACGGCGUUCGGGGUGCAUGGAGAAUUAA